GAGGCGGGCUGGAGACGAUUGAUGAUUGGCAGCUGCUUGAACUAAUCCCAGAGCGCGGGGCAGGAGCUGUCAGUUGUUUCUGCGAGCUCUCUUGGUUGUUCGGUUCCUGCGUCGGUUCUCGGUCUCUGCCGUCUGUCACCGUCCACAUGGGGGCUCAGCUCAGUACGUUGGGUAGAAUCGUCAGCUACCCGUUCGCCGUGAUCUAUGGCAUCUUCUGGAGGAUAUUUGGGACGCGCCCCCCCGCCAUCACCCUGGAGAGCGCCGACAUUAAAUACCCUCUGAGACUCAUCGACAAAGAGAUCAUCAGCCACGACACCCGGCGAUUCCGCUUCGCUCUGCCGUCUCCGGGGCACGUCCUGGGUCUCCCGAUCGGGCAGCACAUCUACCUGUCGGCGCGGGUCGACGGCAAUCUGGUGGUGAGACCCUACACGCCGGUUUCCAGCGACGACGAUAAAGGUUUCGUGGAUCUCGUCGUGAAGAUCUACUUUAAAGGCGUUCACCCCAAGUUUCCGGAAGGAGGGAAGAUGUCCCAAUACCUGGAAGGACUGAAACUAAACGACACCAUUGAUUUCCGGGGUCCCAGCGGCUUACUGGUUUAUAAGGGAAAAGGAACGUUUGAAGUCCGCCCGGAUAAGAAGUCCCCACCUGUGAUCAAGAAGGCAAAGCACGUGGGGAUGAUUGCCGGGGGAACUGGGAUAACCCCAAUGCUGCAGCUGAUCCGCGCCAUAACUAAGGACAAGGACGACAAAACCAUCUGCUACCUGCUCUUUGCCAACCAGACGGAGAAGGACAUUCUGCUUCGCAACGAGCUGGAGGAGAUCCGAGCCAACCAUCCUCGCUUCAAGCUCUGGUACACCCUGGACAGAGCGCCGGAGGAAUGGGAUUACAGCCAGGGCUUUGUCAACGACGAUAUGAUCAAAGCCUUUAUACCGGCCCCCAGCGACGACGUCCUCGUCCUGAUGUGCGGACCACCUCCGAUGGUCCAAUACGCAAUCAACCCAAGCCUGGACAAGCUGGGCUACCCCCAGGACCGCAGGUUUGCCUAUUAACCCCAAACCUCUGGGAAAGAA